UAUUGCACUGUAUCUUUUAAAAGUUUGGAAUUCAUACUGCAUGCAGACUCCUUUGUAUCUCUGUCCACGUGGCUUGGAAAGGAUUACGAGUUAUGAACGUGGCCACCGAAGCUCCAUAGCAUGUGAGUAGUAGUAACAGACGUGCUUGAGUUAUGUACACGCCCCUUCUCGUGGAUUCUGGUUCGCGAAAGAGGUUUCUUCCAUCAACAGUUUUUCAUGGUUACAUAGUUAGCUUGUUGACACUUGAUUUAACGUUGUCUUGGAGGUAUCUCAAUUCAUGGAUAUCUAUGUCUCCAUUAGUAAUAUAUAAGCUCUUUCAUAUUGGUUCAAUGCUUUUAUCGAUCUGGGAUUUCGCCAUCUUCUUCUUAUCUUUUGGUUACUCAUCUUUUCUAUAAACGUCGAUAUUUUAUAUAUGCACUUUAAAACCAAGGUAGUGACAUUGAAGUAGUUGAUCUCUCUCUUCUGGGUUCUUGAGGCCGGACUAAAGUUGAGCUUUGUGUCGUUCUUCUGAUCUAUCCUUAUCUUAUACAAUGACGGAAGGCAACACUGAAAUGGCCCAGCCACCUAAUUUAACUUCAAUGAAUGAUAAAGAAUUUUUUGAGCUGGUUUGGGAAAAUGGUCAACUUCUGAUGAGAGAUUUGUCCAGGAGAGCCCAAAGGAAUCCCUCAUGCAAUGGUCAUCCUUCUGAUAAGGCUCAAGUACACGUUAAAAAUAGGGGAGACAGGUUUGAGAAUUUGGAUAAUCCUUAUCAUGAUAAAAGAAACUUAUAUAUGAAUUUCAAUUACAAUAAUUGCCUGGAAGAUGAUAAUUUCCAUGAAUCAUUACCUGAAGUUUAUCAAACGCAUCUUUACGAGUCUUUGGAACAAAAUAAAGGGGAUAGCUCUGUUAAGUAUCACAAGGAAUCCCAAGUUGUUCCCGAAUAUGCAAAUUUAAGAAGGAAAACCAAGUCCUCCACGAAGCAAUACCGAGAGUCACCUCCGUUCAAAAGGCCAAGGGCGAAUUCAAGAAAAAAUCUUGUAACAGUACAUGAAUUCCCCAUGGCAAAGUUGCAGGAGCAAGACUUAAGAUCUGGUGGGAAACGGGCGACGACUAACUUUUCUCCUUCCUUAGGAUCUCCGGCUCUUCUUCAAGUUCACAGUCAGUGGACUGGUCCUGCAAGUGCAGAGGAUUCGAAUAACAAUUGUAAGAGGUCUAGUCCAUGUGGUAACGUUGACCCGAUCCCGAUUGCUGAUCAACCCAAUUUAAUGGAAACGACUGUUGAGCUGUUACCACCGGGUGCUAAGCCUGCAGAUAAGUUGCUCCCAGAUAACGAAUCUGAAGCUGUACGUCGCGAGUAUGCUUCUCCAAAUCAAAUUUAUGGCCAAACCUUAAACAUAGCAGCAAAUAAAGGCAACGAAAAGCUAACUAAUACUCAAGAGGCUAUAGAAUUACCGGUGGCAUCUUCUUCGUUAUGCUCAGGUGGAGCUUCAAAUAAUCCCACAUACACUUUAAAGAGGAGAUACGACGAUAGCGAGGGGUCAGCCGAUCAUCCGAGCCAAAUGCAGAAUGUUGGGAGAAAAGCAAAGAGUGGGACAAAAGCAGUGCCUGGAAGCAAAAACAAAGCAAAAAGUAUGACCAAAACAAGCAAACGUAAUAGGAAAAAGCGAACUGCAGAAUUUCAUAAUUUGUCUGAAAGGAAGCGAAGAGAUAAAAUCAAUAAGAAGAUGCGUGCCUUACAGGAGCUCAUACCCAAUUGUAAUAAGGUGGACAAAGCUUCUAUGCUUGAUGAGGCCAUUGAGUAUUUAAAAAUUCUUCAGCUUCGAGUUCAGAUGAUGAGUAUGGGAAAUAGGGUUAGUGUGCCUCAAAUGGCGUUGCCUAAUGGAAUGCAACAAACAAGCUCACAACCACAAUUGACUCAUGUCUCUCCCAUGAGAAUGCACAUGGGUAUUGGCUGCAAUCCAUUCCCAGUCCCACCAAAUUUCUUGUUUCCACCAAUUCCACGAGCUGCUGCUGUGCCUGGGUUCUCGCCACAACUUCUACCCAUGUCUCUAUUACCUGCACAAUUGGGCCUUCUCAACACAAGUGUAAGCUUGCCUGGCGUCUCUCUUGCUUCUGCUCCAACCCAACUCAAGGCUUCUGCCACCUUAUCUAAUUCAAAAGAUUCCAUUCACAACAUUAUUUCUUAAGAGGGAACAGUUCACAGUUGUUAAAUCCUCUAAGAUUCAUUCAUCCAAUUAGAUUUGUGCUUUUGCUUCUACGCUUUUUCAUUACUUCCUAUAGGGCAAGAUCUAAAAUUUAGGCUCAUAACAGUUUUGCAUGUUCUAUAGAGCUGUAAAAUUAACAGCCUUACGUUCUAGGAAUAUUUUCUUAAUGUGACUCUUAAUCUCAGUUCAAUUGAGCUUUAAAGAAAUUCACAAUUAUUUUAUCAUUUA